GCCGAUAGAAGCCCGCGCGCAAAUGGGGGUCCUGGGCAACUGCAAGUGGCUCGCAAAAGUAAAGGCUGCUAACCUUAAUCCUUUAGAAUCUACUACCUACUACUGCUACCGCUGUUGUUACUGGUCGACUCAAUUAAUAAAUCUCAUCCAUCCCAGUUGUCCACCUGGUCUCCUACUACUUUUGCGCCGACACUUUACAUAGCUCUUUUCGCGUCAUUUUUCUUCUUUUUAUUAUUGGUAUUGUCUAUCUCAUUUCGCAAAAUGACAUGAUCUUCAUUAUCUGAAGCUUCUUGUCAACUUACUCGGUCCGCGAAGUCCUUUAGUCUUUCGAGCGAGAAACCUCCCAUUCUAUCCUCUCCCACAACUCUCCUUUCCCGACAAAAUCCACCAUUCAAUACCCAUUUCCUCGGAGGAAAAAAGAUGAAAACUGCAAAGCCGUCCCAAGCGGACGCUGGUCCUUCAAAUCGAAGAGCUCAACCUGUUCGACAAACCCGAGCUAAUCCCCCACGAACAACGUCUGGCUCAGCCCGCACUUUCGCAGCGAGAGACUCGCUAGGAGGCGGCCACAGCCAUGAUCAACCUAUCGACGUAUUUCCUGCAAUUACAUACUUUACCGACGCAAUAGCAUCCCUUCCUAAAGACCUUGUCCGACAUUUCACACUUUUAAAAGAGGUAGACGCCAAGAUCUUCGCUCCAGAAGAGACACUCUUCCAGCUCGUUGACGCCGUCCUCAAGUCGACUCCGCCCGAGCCCAAAAAUAGCAACGAUGCAGCCAGCAGUAUCGCCGCUGUUUCGACGCCAAUGAGCGCCCAGAACAGCUCUAGUAGUCUCCCUGCGAACGGCAAUGCUCCCGGAUCGACCGAUGACAACUACAAUUCCAACGUCUUUGAUCCGAGCAAUCUUCCGCGACGACAAUUAUUUCGUCAGACUGCUUUCAAAGUCCAAGAAAUGCUUGUGUCGCUAGAAGAGAAAAAUCAUGUUAUAUCAACAGCGAACGAAGCGCUUUCUAAAGAAUUAGCUCGGAUCAACGACGUAUGGCCACAUCUCGAAGCCGAAUACAGCGACGAGGCCAAAUGGGGCAGUACUACACACUGGGCUUAUCCAGAGAACAGAGUCAAUCGGGCGAACCAAGCCGAAAGGUCACGUCGGGAUGGUGCAGCUACUAUUACGGCGGCAGCGCAACAGCUUGCUGAGGAAGCUGCAGCACGAAGCGACGCGAGAAAGCAAGCACUCAUAGCUAAGAAGGGGCUCAAGAAUCAACAUCAAGACUCGGAUGUGGAUGAUCACGACAAUAAACACAAGGGCGAAUCGAAAAAAGCAUCUAACAAUAAUAGCAAGUCACGGAAGGCCGCCGAUACAAGCGCACCAGUCGGAUUGGGUAUUUCGUCGGGCGCUGCUACAAAUACCAACGGGAACCCUCCAUCGAAGAGAAGGAAAGUCGAGACCAAUAAGCCAGCCAACGGAGGACAGCCCAUGGAACGUGCUAUGAGCUCAGUCUUUGGUAACAAUUCGACAAAGACUAAGAACUCUAGUCCAAGGGCAACGCCCGCUCCCGAACAGCCCAAGAAACGAAAAGCUCUUCCUACUGUCAAUGGUGCCUCGAAGAAGAACAAAACCACUACCGCAACCGCCGCGCUUUCGCCCUCAAUCGCACCCUCCCCAAUCCAACCUAAUUUCGACCCUAAAGUCGCAGCUCGCGGUUCUCCCGCGCCCUCUACAACAUCUGCACGACCUGCAUCGUCCCGAGCGAGACAAAAUUCUAUACAGUCUAAUGUGGAGAAUGGUCGACAGCGACCGACAUCAUCCGCAUCAAACAGGCCGAAUGGUGCCACCGCCGCAACUCCAGAGUUGAUGACGGUACAGAACGGCACCCGCCCACCGGCCGAUAUCAAGACAAGCAAAGAAACAACAACGGCCGUCAAGGUUGAGGCUUCUAAAGAAGAAACGGUCCUUACUAUUGCAAGCGCCAGCAGUGCUAGUGCAAGUAGCAAAGCUAUGACGAAAGGAGACGAGUCGGAACCCAAGGGUGAACCAAUUCAGACGCCGUCGGCAACAUCUACAACCGUCGUCACCACCAAGAGUGGGCGAGCUAGUAAGCCUUCAACGCCAGCAUUGGGGUCAUUCCCAGAUCCGCCACCGCGAUCUCGAUCAGCACGAAAUGCGUCAACUUCAGGCGCAAAAAGGAGUCAUAAAAAGGGCGCCGCUCAACAGGUCGCAGCUCGAGUCGCAGACGAAGAUGCGAACAGUAGUGUACAAGGUGAUGAUGAAGGUGAUGUCGAUGCCGACGAGCCUUUAUACUGCUAUUGUAAUGGUGUCAGUUAUGGAGAGAUGGUUGCAUGCGACGCCGAUGACUGCGAGCGCGAAUGGUUUCAUCUCGAUUGUGUUGGUUUGAAGGCAGCGCCACCUUCUAAUAGUGAGUCCAAACACCCUUGUGUCAUGGUGUAUUAUCUAACCAAGUUGCUAGUGAAAUGGUAUUGCGACAACUGUAAGGAUCGUAUUAAAACCGGGAAGAAAGUAAAUGGGAGGUGACCUGUUCAUCAUCUACAUAUCUUAUUUGCCGGGGUAUAUCGAGCGCCUACUUAGAAUUUGGGGGGGUUCAUGGUGUUUUCAGUCUUUUUUACGAUAAGGCGGCAUCCGCGGCUGGAAAUCCCGGAAGCUUGAAGGAUGCAACAUGAUCAUACGUAUAUCGGCGUUUCGGGGUUUAGGGACUUUAGAUUAGUAUAGCUACCUAUUACAUUGUGGGUAGACUAUGUAAUCAUGGCUGUAUUCGGAAGGGCUACUUAUUUAUGGAUCAAUACGGUUUCAAUACAUCUUAUGUUUGUUACCAGCUCGGAGUAUAUUUAGGAACCAAGUUUUACGCGAAUGGGCACAUAGGUCAGAUAGGACGGUGUCUGGUAUUUCUGUACAUCGUUCGGGGUCUUCCAUAUUGUUAGAGGGCUACUUACUAAGCUUGGGGGCGGAUAUUCCUGUAGCACAUCGGUAGCAAAUCACCCAAACCCCUGAUGGCUAUAGGUCGGUCUUGAAAACAGUAUCAUCUCCGCAUGACACCUUGGGGAGAGUUGACAGUAUUCUUAGUCCCAGGUACAGUGGAAAGAAAUCACCGUACUUCCAUUCUAUAACUAAUAGUCUAAUGAUCGGCAAAUUAGGGGUGGAAUUUAUCGGAGAAAAUACCUAGGUUGAGGUAUUAUUAGUUACUAUAGUCUUUACUAUAGUCUAAAGUCCGUCCACCUGGAUGUACAUACCCCUUACGUACCUCUUCAACACUUCCAAGAU